AUGAAGUCCUAUAGCCGGACGGAGGUAUCCUGUGCAAAAAUAAAUCGCGCUCGUAGUGGUCAUUGCAGUUGUAGUUUGGCAUGACAGAGACAGAUCUGCUUUCAUGCUACUUCAAUUUGCAUGACAGAUUUCGAUAUAAAUUGCUUCAAAAAAUAAUUUGCCAUGCACUUUCCACUACGAGGACGAUCAAAUUUUUGCAAUGCAUAGGAGGUGAAAGUAAUCGACUUUGGUUCCUCAUGCUUCAUCGAUGACCAUCUAUCGUCCUACGUGCAGUCAAGGAGUUACCGGGCACCGGAAGUGAUUUUGGGAUGCCAGUAUUUUUUUUCAUCAUGAUGUUGCAACAACUGAGGAAUGGUUUACAUUUAGCGCCUUAGGCUCUGCUACUAGUGCUGAGACCUGCUAUUUGAAUAAGUACGUGUAAGUAUCUAGCACUGGUGAUGGUAGUUUCUCAUCCUGCAUUUACGGAACAAAAUUUUAGCCUUCGUGCAUGUCGCAUGAAAAUAAAGCGAAAUUCACUUCAGGUACGACCAGAAGAUCGACAUUUGGUCCCUCGGUUGCAUUCUCGCGGAACUGUGGACGGGGUAUGUACUCUUCCAAAACGAUUCCGUGCAUAGCCUCCUUGCACGAGUGUUGGGCAUCAUCGGCCGGUUUCCGUUUUGGAUCAUGGCUAGCGGGAGGCAUGUGCCGCAAUUUUUCACCCAGGACGGGCGGUUGUAUCAGCAGAUUAAGAUGAUCCAGGAUCCAGUAUGA